AUGAGUUACAAAUCAGGACCUCUCUAUCCGUGCAAUCCUGCCACCGCCCGCGGCGAGAGCACCAAGCUCGGCGCCGACCCCAAGGGCGAGAAGAUCGUGUACACAAACGGCCGCGCCGUAAUCAUUCGCGACCUGAACAACCCGUCGAGCGCGCAUGCGUAUACUCAGCACACCCAGACCGCAACCGUCGCUCGCUUCUCCCCAUCUGGGUACUACAUUGCCUCGGGUGACGUUGCUGGCAACGUGCGCGUGUGGGAUACGACCAACCCAGCCGAGAACAUCCUCAAGCUCGCAGCCCGCCCCAUCGCCGGCCGUAUUAACGAUGUUGCGUGGGACAGCGAGAGCAAGCGCCUCAUUGCCGGCGGCGAAGGCAAGGACAGAUUUGGCGCGGCGUUUUUUGUCGACUCGGGCAGCAGCUGCGGCGAGAUUACGGGACACUCGAAGCCCAUCACCUCCCUUAGCGUGCGCCACCAGCGGCCGUUCCGCGCUGUCAGCGGGUCGGACGACAACUCGAUCGUAUUCCACACUGCUGUGCCGUUCAAGUAUGACCGGAUCAUCCAGACACACACCAGAUUCGUGCGCGACGUCGGGUUCUCACCCAACGGCGAUGUGUUCGCGUCGGUCGGCUCGGACGGCAAGCUCUUCCUCUACGACGGCAAGACGGGCGAGAUCAACGCCAGCGCUGAUGCGCCGGACCCAACCCGCAGUCUGAUGGCUCUGUCGUGGGCACCUGACUCGGCACACCUCGUCACGGCUGGCGCGGACGGUGUCGUGGCGAUCUGGGACGCCGCUGCGGCGCAGGUCAAGCAGGCAUGGUCGGUGGGUGCGGACGUUGAGGCGCAGCAGAACGGCGUUGUUUGGGCCAACCCGAACACGAUCGCCAGUGUGUCGCUGGGUGGCACGAUCAACGUGUUCGACGUGCGCGAGGGAAAGACCUGGCGCAAGCUCUACGGCCCAACCAAGGCCAUCACGUCGAGCGCACUCGCGCCAGGCCGCGACUCCCAGACGUUCUACACGGGCUCGUUCGACGGGACGAUGAAGAGCUUCGCGCUGGGUGCGUCUCUCGGUGAGCGCGAGGGCGAAUGUUCCAACGUCGAGGGUGUCGGCCACACCGCUCUCGUGGCCGCGAUGGCGUCAGAUGGAACGGGCAAGGUCUGGUCGGCAGGGUGGGACGACAAGGUGUCCGCCAUCUCGGGCGGUCAGUUCGCCGCCAGCUCUGUGCCGACCAAAGCACAGCCCACUGGUGUCGCGGCGACGCCGCACGCUGUGUACAUUGCCUCGCCGGCUGGCCUCGAGGUCUCCAUGGGAGGCUCGAGUACUGUGGUCGGCGGGGCAUGCACUGCUGUCGCUGUCCAUGGUGACCUUGUCGCAACGGGCUCUGGGAAGAAGGUGACGAUCGCUCGUGCCUCCGGCUCGUCGCUCAGCGAGGUUGCAUCGUUCGAGGACAACAAGGGUGAGGUUCUCUCGCUGGCGUUCUCUCUCGAUGGCAGCCUCCUCGCUGCCGGCGACGCGGCUGGCCGCAUCGUCCUCAUCGACGCCAAAGCGAACAAGGUGCUCGUCUCCAGCCGGUGGACGUUCCACACCGGCCGUGUUGCCAGCCUCGCGUUCUCGCCCUCUGGCAAGCGCCUCGCCUCCGGAGGUGCGGACGAGAGCAUCUACAUCUGGAACCCCGAGAAGGUGGUGCGUAAUGUGCCGAUCAAGAACGCGCACCCCGGCGGUGUGAGCGGCGUGGCUUGGGAGAACGACACGCGUGUUGUCAGCGCGGGCGCGGACGGCUGCGUUCGCACUUGGGAGGUGCCGGCCUAG